AUGGACGACGACCUCUUCUGGGCUCUCCAUUCCCUCGAUGGCAUGAAGGCAGUACCGCGUGACCUCGUAAAGAAGCCACUACUGAUCACGGAAGCCGUAAAGGGCGUGCGCAAAAGCCGCUGGGGAAAGGAAGCAGGGACCGUCUUAGGGCUCAAGCUCGAAGGCAUGAGGGCGAUAUCAUUCCUUUUCCUUGCAGGUAAAGCAUCCGCCCGCGAGGACCGAACCCGUGGAGAUUUGUGGCUGGCGGAGAACGAUGUUCUGCGCGAGGAUAUCAUGAUGCUGCAUGGAGGCGAUGAGACGAUGGUUGAAGAAGUGAGAGAGACAGGGGUGAUGGCAAUAGAGCAUAGAGGGCUUCAGGAGAAUAUGAGAGGGUUGCAUGGAUUUUGA